CAGACUAUGUCAGAGAGCCACAAUGAUCAUGCAAAAUAACAGUUCAGCCUCGUCCCUGUUAUUAAAUGUGAGCUCCUUCUGGAAGAGAGAUUCACACGGACCAGGACUCCUUGAUGAAGCAGCGUCACUCAUUGGCAGCUAUGAUUUCCCUCAGACCACAGAGAGUUUUCCCUUCUCUGCUGUGGAAUCAACGAACAUGUCCCUAAAUGCCACAAGCAAAGACCCUCUGGGUGGACAUGCUGUCUGGCAAGUAGUUUUGAUUGCUUUCCUCACUGGGAUCCUUGCACUGGUGACCAUCAUAGGAAACAUCCUAGUGAUUGUUGCGUUUAAGGUUAACAAACAACUGAAAACAGUCAACAACUACUUCUUGUUGAGUCUUGCUUGUGCCGAUUUAAUCAUUGGUGUUAUUUCCAUGAAUCUUUACACCACCUACAUCAUCAUGGACCACUGGGCUUUGGGAAACUUGGCCUGUGAUCUUUGGCUCUCCAUUGACUAUGUUGCCAGUAAUGCCUCUGUCAUGAAUCUCCUCGUCAUAAGUUUUGACAGGUAUUUUUCCAUCACUAGGCCACUUACAUACAGAGCCAAACGAACAACCAAAAGGGCUGGGGUGAUGAUCGGUUUAGCAUGGAUUGUCUCUUUUGUUCUUUGGGCCCCCGCUAUCUUGUUCUGGCAGUAUUUUGUUGGGGAGAGGACUGUGCCUCCUGAUGAAUGUUUCAUCCAGUUUCUAAGUGAACCUAUCAUCACUUUUGGCACUGCCAUAGCUGCCUUUUACUUGCCAGUCACCAUUAUGAGUAUUUUGUAUUGGAGGAUCUACAAGGAGACUGAGAAACGCACCAAAGAGUUAGCAGGGCUCCAGGCUUCGGGCAGCGAAGCAGAGGCAGCACGCUUCCUACACCAGACGGGCAGCUCCCGGAGCUGCAGCAGCUACGAGCUGCAGCGGCAGAGCACGAAACGCUCCACCCGAAGGAAAUACAGGCGCUGCCACUUCUGGCUCACAAUGAAGAGCUGGGAACCCAACACAGACCAGGGGGACCAAGAGCACAGCAGCAGCGACAGCUGGAACAACAACGAUGCUGCUGCCUCUCUGGAAAAUUCGGCCUCCUCUGACGAAGAAGACAUCGCUGCAGAGACCAGAGCCAUCUACUCAAUCGUGCUGAAGCUCCCUGGUCACAGCGCCAUCCUCAAUUCCACCAAACUACCCUCUUCAGAAGAUCUGCAUGAGUCAGGGGAUGAACUGCAGAAAUCUGACACAGAAUCGAAGGAAAAGAAGCCUAAAAAACUGCACCCUCCCAAAAGUGUUCAGGACGGUGGAAAUUUCCAAAAGAGCUUUUCUAAGCUUCCUAUCCAGCCGGGGUCAGCAGAGACAACCGCAGCUUCUGAUGGCAUCUCAUCAGUGACCAAGACAUCUGCAGCCCUGCCCUUAUCCUUCAAGGAAGCAACCCUGGCAAAAAAAUUUGCCUUGAAGACCAGGAGUCAGAUCACAAAGCGAAAACGAAUGUCACUUAUCAAAGAAAAGAAAGCAGCACAGACACUCAGUGCCAUUUUGUUUGCCUUCAUCAUUACCUGGACCCCAUAUAACAUCAUGGUUCUGGUGAACACCUUUUGCAGCUGUAUCCCCAAAACUUUCUGGAACCUGGGGUACUGGCUUUGCUACAUCAAUAGCACGGUGAACCCCAUGUGCUAUGCACUGUGUAACAAAACAUUCAGAAACACUUUCAAGAUGCUACUGCUAUGCCAGUGUGACAAACGAAAACGACGCAAACAGCAGUAUCAGCAGAGGCAGUCCGUCAUUUUUCAUAAGCGGAUCCCUAGGGAGGCUUCGUAGGAUAGUAUUUUUUAAACAAUUUAAAAAAAAAAAAUAGCAGGGAUGGGUUUGCAUGGGACAGGAUGGGACGGGAUGGGAUAGGACGGGACAGGAUGGCACGGGACAGGAAGGGAUGGGACGGGAUGGGUUGGG